AAAAGUUAAAUGAAAAAACCCACUGAAACCAACUGCUAUUUUAGUAACCCUGCUUCUGAAACCAUUUCUUUUUUUCGAGUGUUAUUUACUGUUUCAUCUUCUUUAUUUAUUUUUGCCUGUAUUUAUUUGCUAUUUACUGCUUUUUAUAAUCCUCCUGGCUACAUUGUGUGUUGUUUUUUUUGUUUCGUUCCGAGGAAAAAAGUUCGCUGACCCUUGAACUCUAUGACGUUAAAAUGUGGGGGAGGGGGGACCCUGUUAGCUGACCCUUGAACUAUUGUGACGUAAACAACAUAUGCUCGCUGGCUGUCAACGUUGCCAUGACAACAGUGUCAAACAGUGAAAGUGUUAUGUUUGGUUUUAAUCUCGGGUCAGGAUCGCAGUAACGAGCUCCAAAUAGACUACAGAAUUCACAGUUUAUUGAUAAGGAUAACGCGUUUUUCUUCCAAAAUAUUAUGACUAAAGGAGGAAAGAGAUACGCAAAUAUGGACCAAGAUGGCAGAUGGUUUGCCCAUGUUGACUCACAACAGUGUAAGGUAACACGAGAAGCCUGUACCACCACAGGAGCCAUGCUAUCCCAGGGCACAUCACAACGCAUGCAAGAACAACAGAGAUUUCCCAAAAAAUGUAUCAGCCAUGAAAAGAAGACAAUGAGCAGGACCUAUCCAUUUUCAACGCAUGAUAACCGAAGUUCACUGCAAGAAAGUAUAGAGACCUAUGAUGAAGUCUUGGGUCGUAAGAAGUGUCUGGAUGACCGCCGACAGCAUAAAUCUCACUUCUGUCUCUGUCAUGAUGGCAGUGUGUGUGCAGUAAGUUUGGGGAGCAGGGAUAAUUCAAUAUAUCAGAGUGACUUUCUGACCCAGCAGAACACAGAGAGCACAGAAGGCACACAGGGCAGCCGCCGUUUUCCCAGGAACCACCUAAAGAAGUCACAGCAGGCUGCAAAGGCCCAGGCUGAAGAGCGUUACAUGUGGUUUGGAAGGCAUGAUAUGAAUCGCCGCAUACCUCUCAGUGUACUGGCAGCUGCCAACCUCUCCUCAGGAAUACCUCAUUCAUAG